AUGGCCGAAGUAUCCAUAAUGGUCUGCGCGAAGUUUGGGGGAAGGACGGAGAUAGGCAUCAGAGGCGGCGCAGGUUUGCUGGAACACCAGCGGCUGCGGGCUAGCGGCCGCAAAAGAAAGUUUGCGCCACGCAGAUCUUCCGAGGACUACGACCACCAUCCAAAGAUCUCUCACAUCAGGCAAAAACUGCGUCAGGAUGACUGCCCACGAAAAGAACAGAUUGAUGGAUUCCGUGAAGGAUAA